AUAAUACAGAAAAGCGCCAACUGGUAGUGAAUUUUUCUUUCCUAACAAAUGUCAAUGGCAGCUUCACAAACCAUUUCUUAAAUUGUAUAGCCGGUUAGUUAAAGUUUGUUUGGUUUCCUUUAUUGGACUAACUUACAGUAAACAUGACUGGUGUAGAUGUUGCAAAAUUAGAAGAAAUAAUAAACGAAUGCCUAAAGGAAGAGCUACGGCAAAUGGAUGAGCUAUUAAAUAGGACUAAUGGAGAAUUAGAAGAAUAUUUUCAAUUAAAAAAUACCCUUGCAGCAAUGAAAGACGAGAUAGCUGUUGGUUUUAAAACUCAAUAUAAUAUUCGUGGAAAUAUUUUUAUGCAAGCUAAAACGAAUCCAACAGAUAAAAUACUUGUUAAUGUAGGUGCAGGCAUUUUUCUGGAAUUAAGCUUGGAAGAAGCAAAAUAUUUUGCCGAGCAAAAAAUUAAUAUAUUAACUAAGAACAGCGAUUUCAUACGGAAACAAACUGUAAUAAAACGUGCACAAAUUAAGAUGGCCUUAAUGAUAAUAGGAAACGAAGAGAAACUUCAUCUAGAGAGUGUUGACUAAAAUAUGGACGUAAAAAUUAAAUAAAGUUAUAUAUUUAAAUUUAAUAUAAAUUUAAUAAUUUAUAUAUAAAACUUUUUAAUAAAAAGUUAUUUUAGACGCUGGGGGAAUCCAAAGACGUGCCUAAAAUAUCAACACCUUCAUCUAGAAAAAAUAAUUGUAAUUAAAUGCAUUGUACUUAGUAUUCGUUUAUCAAAGUAAACGUAAUUUAAUUUAGAAUUAAAAAGUACAAAUCCAAGAUUAAACUAUAAGAUUUUAGAAAACUAAGCUAUACACAUUUAAAAAAUCGUAUGCUUUUAAUAUUG